AAAAGAUACACACAGGUGCGUUGAAUUUAAGAUAGUUUCCAAAGAUAAGCCGAAAUUUUGUUAAUCUUUACUCAUCGCGAUGAGACACAAAUUACACAUAAUCGUAUGACUUAGCCGAAGCUAUUUUGAGGAAUGAACUAUAUAACCGUGCGUAAGCGAUAUCAAGUUCGAAUCGUAAUGUUUAACUCGUGCAUCGUUGGUGAUAUCGUUAACUCUUUACGAGGCAUCUUUAUCAGGCCGUAUCGGACGAUCUUUCGUUUGCUCAGAUAGUUUUUAUCAGUUCCUGGCUUGCGUGUUCCACUUCGAUGGUGUGUCACGAGCGUGAGCAGUAUUACGACGACGUUGGUAUUACAAUUAAAGAUGAAUAACAAUGCGCAUGCUGUGGUACGUCGAAGCGUGCCAUGUUAUUUUUGUAAUGAAUUUUUGGAGGAAAGAUAUUUGCCCGAACACGUUAAACAUUGUGGUGCUGUGCUCGAGGAAUGUCCUCAUAAAUGUGGAGUGUAUGUGCCGAGAAGAAAUAUGCAGAUACACGAGAGAUCAUGCUCGAAGAGAAUAUCGAAGAGAAGUAGCGAGAUCAAAGUAGAUCCGCGUGAUUCUCUCUGGAAGGAAAAGGUUUUAUCGAUAUUGACAUUGUUACGUGGCGCUAUCAAUGAAGCGGAGAAAGAACGUAAACGUUUGACAGAGACUAUGUCGAAAAACUUUACCGUCCUGCAUCGUAAACACGAGGUCUUGGAUAUGAUGCGUUUAAAUACGAUAGAAUCGAUGGAGGAGACUCGUCGAAACAAUGUCACGUUGGAUCAGAGAUUAAACGUUCUUGAAUUGAGUUGUGACAACAUGGAGCAACGUACUUGUAUGAGUUUUCAAAAGAUAUCGGAACAAUUGCAAUUAUUGCAGACGGGUUUGGAUGACGAACAAAAGAAGCAUGAGAAACUUUUCGACGAUUGGGCCAAGGAUCUGAGCGAUUUGAAGACGUUCGUUGCGAAAGAGAGUAUACUUGUGAGUGGAAUCUGGCAGGAACAAUUAAAGAGGAUUCAUGAUCUAAAAUUAGAGCUUGAGAUGAGAUGUAAGGAUUCGAAGGACCUUGUGAAGAAAUAUGAAGAACUUUGCGAGAAAAUUGAGUCGACCGGGAAGGAAACUCGUGAACUUUUUCAUACGACCGCCGAGCAACGAAAGGAUAUAAAAGCUUUGAGGUUUCAAGCGAAAGAGAAUUUGAAGUACGUUGAGGAACUUAUCAAAGAUAGUAGUUCGAAGGUAAAUACUUUGGAAGAUAGCGACAGAGAAUGCAAGUGUUGCCUACGAGAACUUGGACCCUUCUCGACUAACGGUCGACUUUUAUGGCGAAUUGAUAGAUACAAAGAGAAGAUGAACGAAGCGAAGGAAGACGAUAGUCCGAUUUAUAGUCCGAUUUUCUUGAACAAAGAUUAUGGAUAUACUCUUAGAAUGGAAUUGUUUCUUAACGGUAUAGGUCAAUGGAAAGAUCGUCACGUUAUAGGAUGCCUUAAAGUCGAAAACGGGAAAUGGGAUCCUCUGUUAGAUUGGCCGUGUAUUCUCCGAGCUACGGUAAUAUUGAAAGAUCAAGAAAAUCCUGCGAACGAUCUUAGAAAGAUCGUGAAAAGUGUUAGACGUGAGAAAAACGAUACGAAGGAGAAGCCUGAUAAAGAGUCUGGCUUGUAUAUGUUCAUCCCUCACACAACUUUGGCUAGAUAUUCAGGAUAUACGAAGAACGACGUUAUGUUUUUCGAGAUACAAGUGAAGGACGUAAAAACUAGUGAUUCGAUGCCGUCUUUAGUUGCAUAAAUCAUCCUAAUGCUAUCAGUUAUCUAACGAAAAUGAAGAAAAAAAAAAAAAAGUGGAAAAAA